CAAUAUAAUCACCGUUGGAAAUAAAGUCUAGUUGUUGAUGAGCAAUUAUACAUAUAUAAAAAUCAAUUUGGUGAGGAAAAAAUGACAGGAAAAAGUCCCAAAUGUCCGAUUACAGAUCAAAAAAUAACAAAUCAUACACAUGUUUUAGCAAUAUUGCGAUAAAUCGGUAGAGAAUAUCCAUUACAUAAUUGCAAUUUGCAUUACAUGAAAAUGAAAAAAAUAGAUAAAAAGAUAAGAUAUACGAAGUAAAUAAAAAAUGUCCUUUUAACCUCACAAAAAAAUCCAUCCAAUAAAUAGUCAAAAAUAUUGACCCACUCACUCCUCACCCAAUCAUCUUUCCUCCUUAUCUUCUCUCUCUAAAAACAACUUUCCACUUUCUCUCUCCUAAACUCAACCUCUUUCUCUUCAUCUUCUUCUUUUGACUCAGAUCCCAUCUUUCUCUCUCCUCCAUUUCUCUUCUUCUGCUCAGAUCUUCAAUCUCUUAUCUUCUUCCUCAGAUCUAACAAUGGAGCAAGAAUCUCCGGCAAAGACCCACCUCAGAACCACCGCUAAAACUACCCCAUUCGCCGCGCUUUGCUCUGCUGCCGCCUCCGCCUUCCCGGAAGAAGUCCUUGAGCAUGUUCUAUCCUUCAUUGAGUCACACUCGGACCUCAACUCGGUCUCGCUAGUUUGCAAAGCUUGGUAUGAGAUCGAACGGUGGUGCCGACGCCGGAUCUUCAUCGGAAAUUGCUACGCGGUCAGCCCUUCGAUUGUCAUCAGGCGGUUUAGGGAUAUCCGAUCUGUUACUAUAAAGGGAAAGCCUCAUUUUGCUGAUUUUAAUCUUGUUCCUGAUGGUUGGGGUGGCCACGCUUUGCCGUGGAUCGUUGCCUUUUCUGACGCUUUCCCGGCGUUAGAGGAGCUCAGGAUGAAGCGGAUGGUUGUCACUGAUGAAGCUCUUGAAUUAAUUGGUAAAAAAUGGCGGAAUUUUAAGGUUCUGGUUUUGUGUUCUUGUGAAGGGUUUUCUACUGAUGGUUUGGCUUCGAUUGCUGCUAAUUGCAGGAACUUGAAAACCCUCGACUUAUGCGAAAGUGAAGUUGAUGACCUGAGUGGGAAUUGGAUAAGCCAUUUUCCGGAUACUUACACCUCUCUAGAAUCACUUAAUGUUGCCUGCCUCGUAUCAGAGCUGCGAUUCUCUUCUCUUGAGCGGUUGGUGAGCAGAUGCCAGAAUCUGAAAUCGCUGAGGCUGAACCGUGCAGUGCCAUUGGAGAAGCUCUCAAUUCUUUUGGAAAAGGCUCCUCAGAUGGUUGACUUUGGGUCUGGCUCAUUUUUGACCGAGCUCAACACUGAAGCCCAUGAUAAGCUUACCAGGUCAUUUGCAGGAUGUAAAGGGAUGAAGGGGCUUUCUGGUCUUUAUGAUGUUGUCCCCGCGUAUCUUCCAGCUCUAUAUCCUGUCUGUUCGGGGCUCACUUCUUUGAAUUUGAGUUAUGCCACCAUUCACUCCCCUGAUCUCAUCAAACUUCUUACUCACUGCCACAGUCUUCAGCGUCUUUGGGUUCUUGAUUAUAUUGAAGACAGUGGGCUUGAAGUGCUUGCAGAAUCAUGCAAGGAUCUGCGGGAGCUACGUGUGUUUCCCUCAGAGCCUUAUGUUCAAGAACCAAAUGUUUGCUUAACCGAGCAGGGUCUGGUAUCUGUGGCUAUGGGUUGUCCUCAACUGCAAUCAGUUCUUUAUUUUUGCCGGCAAAUGUCUAACGAAGCAUUAUUCACCAUUGCGAAAAAUCGGCCCAACCUAACACGGUUCCGUCUAUGCAUCAUAGAGCCACAAUGCCCAGACUACUUAACGAAUGAACCACUAGACGAGGGUUUCGGGGCCAUUGUGGAGCAUUGCAAAGACCUCCGUCGGCUUUCGUUGUCGGGUCUCCUUACGGACCGUGUUUUUGAGCUGAUGGGGACCCACGCGAAGAAACUGGAAAUGCUUUCGCUGGCAUUUGCUGGAGAGAGUGAUGUGGGUUUGCAUUGUCUAUUAUCAGGGUGCAAAAACCUAAGGAAACUGGAGAUAAGGGAUUGCCCAUUUGGUGGGAGGGCGUUAGUGGUAAAUGCAGCAAAGUUGGAGACAAUGCGAUCCCUUUGGAUGUCUUCGUGCCAAGUGAGCUACGGGGAGUGUAAACUGCUUGGACAGAAGAUGCAGAGGUUGAAUGUGGAGGUUAUGGAUGAAAGAGGCCACCCUGAUUCUAGACCUGAUGAAUGCCCCGUUGAGAAGCUUUACAUCUACCGGACCGUUGUUGGACCCAGGUUAGACACUCCCGAGUUUGUUUGGACAACCGGCCAAGAAGAAGACUCAGCGUCACUGGUUGUUGUUUAAUAACAGCCCAGCCCAUUCAAGGGCCUCGUUCAAGUUGAAGCGGUUGCAUCUCCGAUACGACUAAUCGCCUGUUUUAACGCCGGUUAGGAGACCGAAUUGUAUCCUUGUAUGUCUGUUGUUUCUGUGUACUAUUAUCAUGUAGCUAGGACUAGGAGGAUGACACUAUUUCAUCUUUGGCUGCGAACUUUUUCAAUUUGUAUGUAUACUAUUCACAUUCAUUUCAUUAUUCCAUGUAACUCAAUAACACCUACCUUAAAUAAAUUUUUGCAUACUAAUGCAAAUUAUCCUUUGGAA